GGUAGCCAUGUCGUCAUUCUAGAAACGAUCAGACCGAGAGACUCCUUCCACCAAAACACGCUGUUAUACUUGUGUGUUGAUGUUGAAGAAGAGAGGGCAAAUAAUGAAACAAUUAAAGGAUUCUGGACUUUACUGAAACGCCGUCAUUAAAAAGCUGGUCAAUGACAAAAGGGAGAGAGAGUGGAGAUAUUUCCUUUCUCUGGAUGAGUUAAAAGUGUGAUCUCUGAACAGGAUGAAUCAGAGAUGGGCUCCAGAUGUCUGGGGGAAAAUAAGCAGAGCAUCUCUCAUGUGGCAGACCCAAACUCGGAAGUCAACCGCAUCACUUUCCUUGUCUGUUACCCCUCACUUUAAGAAUUAUGUGCAACAGUCUAACUCCUACAACAUCGGCUAUCUAAGCUUGAGGCAUUUCCAUCACCUAAGGACCAGAGGCCGUAAGGGAUGUAAAGCUAACCAGGUCAGACAGCGGCUGGGGCUCCACACCAGCUCCCAGUAUUUGAACACUUCAGCCUCCAGGUGGUCCGCAGGUCUAAGUCAACACAUGUCCCGCGUCAAGAGCACACUGGGCACAGUUUCAAAAGCUGUCAGUGGGACACAUACUGAACUUCUGUCCAAAAUCUCCCGUCUCAAAUCUAAUGCUUUAAAGGGAAGAACAGCGGGGGAGGCCAGUGCUGUAUCGACACCAAGAGCUGAGUCUAUUCCCACUUCCUCUACCAGUGCUCCAUCUUCUUCAUCUCCUGCACCCAAACCCGUUUUAGACUCUUCAUCUGCCAGUCCAUCUAUUGCCACUUCGGUUGCCACUACUACUGCACUUGAUGCAAAUGCUACUACCUCCACUCAUCCCCACACUUCUGCCCAGGUGACUGCUGCAGUCGUGACUGUGCGUGAAGGACAGGAGAAAAAGCUGAGACGUGUGGUUCCCAUUGCUAAAGCCACCUGUGCCCGGAAGCCAGGUGAGCUUCCAUCAUCAUUAAAUGACAAUGAGAGUAAGAGCACAGCUCCCAAAGAAACCACAGCACUUUUCCAUCCAAGCACCUUUUCAGUCAGCCUGGAUGAAACGUACACCUACGUAGCUCAUCACGUCAACGCGUACUUCAGCAGCAGCACAAAGGCUCAGGACAAGAAAAGGGAUAAUGUUGAAAGCUCCUCUACAUCCACUCAGGAGAAGCAAACCUCAAACCUCGUGCCGGUGUCUGAUAAAACAAAGCCAGCUGCUCCAGCCACCACACCGGCCUCUAAGAAGAGUUUUGGACAGUACCUCUCCUAUUCAGCUCCCACCAUGCAGGCAUUUGUAGGGAACUACAUUGCUCCUCUCGUUCCGAAGUUCAGGACAGGGGAGACCACACCUGCAGUAUUGGAGGAGAGCAAGUCUGAAGACAUGGCAGUGAAACAGGAUGAGGCCAAACUCAGUAAAGAGCAGAUGGCUGCAGAUGAGAAAGCCAAGAAACUUCUACUCCAACGAGAAAAGAUCAUUGCCAGGGUGAGCGUGGACAACCGUACUCGUGCACUAGUUCAGGCUCUUCACAGAGCAUCAGAUGUCAGAGUCUACAUCAACAGGGUGGAGGACUUGAGCUACCACCUCUUGGAGUUUCCAGAAACACGUUGUGUUGCAGUCAAGGAGAAAGUCAUCCCCUGCCUUCUACGCCUGAUGCAGGCCGACGAUCCUGGUUUAAGGGCAGCGGUCAGAGAAGCUCUAGCGCUAGUCGGCCAUCAUCAGCCGGUCAAGGGCCGAGGCAUACGGAUCCUGUCCAUCGAUGGAGGAGGCUUACGGGGACUUCUUGCUCUCCAGACUAUACACAGGCUGGAGGCCCUGACUGGCAAACCUAUUUACAAACUGUUCGACUACAUUUGUGGCGUCAGCACAGGUGCUGUCUUAGGGUUUAUGCUCGGGGUGCUUCAGAUCCCUGGGAAAGACUGUGAUGAUCUUUACCGGAAGCUGGGUUCAGAUGUUUUCAAACAGAAUAUGAUCGUAGGAACCGUGAAGAUGGGCUGGAGCCACGCUUUCUACGACAGCGAAGCCUGGGAGAGCAUCCUCAAAGAAAAAAUGGGCUCUCAUCUCUUGGUGGAAACUGCGAGAAACCCUGAAUGUCCCAAGGUGGCUGCCGUGAGCACCGUCGUGAACAGGGGUCCUCUGAAGGCGUACGUCUUCAGGAACUACAACCUGCUGCCCGGGCUGCGCUCACACUACCUGGGGGGCUGCCAGCACCAGCUGUGGCAGGCCAUCCGCGCCACGUCGGCAGCCCCCGGGUAUUUCCAGGAGUUCUCUCUGGGAAAUGAUCUCCACCAGGAUGGAGGGCUGCUGAUGAACAACCCCACAGCACUUGCGAUCCAUGAAUGCAAGUGUUUGUGGCCCAACACCCCCUUGGAGUGUGUGGUCUCCCUCGGUACGGGCCGUUUCGAAACUCCCGGCAAGAACAGCGCCAGAUACACGAGCCUCAAAACCAAACUGACUAAUGUAAUCAGCAGUGCCACGGAUACCGAGGAGGUCCAUGCGAUGCUCGACGCCUUCCUUCCUCCAGACGCUUACUUCCGUUUCAACCCAUUCAUUAGCGAAGACAUCUCCAUGGACGAGAGCCGGCUUGAGAAGCUCGGCCUGCUGCAGGCCGAGGGCGUCCGUUACCUGGAGAGGAAUGAUGAAAAGCUCGACAAGGUUGCUCGCCUCCUCACCCGAGAGAAAAGCUCCGUGCAGAGGCUGACGGAGUGGGGUCGGCUUUGGCUUGACAGGCACGAUGGGCUGUCCUUCAAGUUUUAGGUCCGAGACAAGCCACACGAAUAGGCCGUUUUCACCAUGUUUAUGUGUCAUAGAGAUGACUUUUGACCAAUGCCCCCUAAAAUAACUGUAAAUGCUUCCAACAGACCAAACUCAAUCUUUUUAUUUAAAACACCGACAGAUAUUUUUAAUGUUAUUGUGCCAACAGCUUUGCUUCGUGCCACUUUAGCAGUUUGUUUUUGUUUUUUUUUUAACUGCCAGCUACUUUGGCAGUAGAAGUAUAUCUGUUGGUGUGUUAAACUCAAGUUAACAUCAUUUCAAAGUUAAUACUAUUAAUCACUUUAAAAUUUGGAAGCUUCUCAAAUGGGGAUAAAAUAUCAGCUAUGCCAGCCAAUGCGUCAACAGAAAAAGCUCCCAUUUUGGGUUGAUGUGUGGUUUUUUUUUUUCCUCUUCCCACUUCUUUGAUGGGACCAAUGUGACUGAUGUGUAAUAAAUACGUGGUUAAGGCUAGCAGAGAGCUGGCUUUGCUUCAGAUAAUGACUGAAAUGGACCAAGCUUGUAACUUGGUAGAAAAAAACGAAACAAAACAAAAAAACAACGGUCUCCCCGCCCAGAUGUCGACCCGUCUCAGGUCUUAAAAUUGGAACAGAUGCUGGCUCUGGCUAAAUAUUUACAAUCCAAACAAACAGUUAAUCUGAUGCGUUGGCGUAAGCAUAUGUCCGAAUAUAUUUCUUUCAGAGGUCAGCUAUCAACACUGUAAGCAGUCAGUAAAUGCUGGCACUUACAGUUUUACGCAAAAGAGCACUUUUGAGUCCUUAGCUUUUCUUUGUAAAUGUGUUUUAUAUAAAUAUAUAAAUAACAACCAGAAUAUCCUCACAAACCUGUGUUUAUACCCAUAGAAUGCAGCAUGUGUUGUUGAAUUGUAUAUUUGUUGAUUUAAAAUACCAACCCGUAACACUGUAAAACAAUUUAAAAACAUUUUGGGGGGAAAUGCUCUAAUGGAGGUCGAGUUGAGCACCUUAUGCAUGUGUCAUUUCUGAAUUGAGAUUAGUAAAAAGAUUUUGCACAUUUAACAGAGUACCUACUGAUGAGCUGUGUAUUGAGAGUAGUAAACGAGUGUUACAUAUGUAAUUCUGAUUUAUUUGUGAUAAUAAGAUACAGUAAUGUUAGAUUAAAACAUUACAUUGUUGAUUUUGUGAGAAGGAUCCAGAAGGAGUCUACGUUUGAUUGUAACUGUCUUAUGUAUUGUUUUAUCUUGGAAUUAUUUUAAAUUAAGCUGUUUAAAAUCAUUUUAUGUGUGCUUGAUUGUUCUGUUUUUAUGGGUUCCCUACAAGCUAGUCACAGAUUUUGCUCUGCAUCCUCAGCACGGCCGUUUUCCUUUGAUGCCUUUUCUCAAAAACCCAUUUCACCCCUUCUUCCUUGAAGGCUUGUGUUUCAGUCGGCGCUCUCCUAUACCGUGAUGUUUGUUAGGUUACCUGAAGGGAUUGUAUUAAACUAUUUGGCUUUUUGAUUUGUCACAGUAGCAAGAGUGUCCAGUCGCUGUUACGUGUGGUGUUGAAGAAAAAAAGAAAGUAAAAAAAAACUCACUGCAAGCAUCUGCUUCCAUGUCGAACCAGGUCAAGUACUGUAUAACUAACACGGUGAUGCGUGUCACUCCCAGGGGACCUGAAGCAACAUGGAUACAGAUAUCAUCCAAGAUUAAUGUAACUCCAUCGUUGUACUGUUGCUGCUGUGUAAGAACUGUAUCAGAGUGUAAUUAAAACCAAUC